AUGUUUGGUGAAACGUGAGUUUCUGUGUCUCCAGACUCCUGGUCUCUCCAAAACUCCCCACCCACGGUGCGCACACUGCAAAUUCUAAGAGCAUUCCAUUCCCAACAAGCUUCUUAUUUUGAGACUUUCAACAAAUAUUAGAGAAGAAACUCUCUCCAAGCUUUAUAUCAUUUUUUUUUUCCCUUUCUCACGCUUCUACACUUUCCUUCUUCGCGCCUUCUUCCUUUCUGUUUCUCUCUCACUCUUUCUAGUGAUUUUGAGAAGAAACCCAAGCCUGCCGCUUCCAGCCCAGCUUCAACAGAGAUACCUCGGCGCCGCUUCCAGCUCCGCCGCCUGCUUCGUUUCCCUCCGCCUUUUCUUUCCCUCAUCUCCUCUCUCUGUCUCGCAAGGACACUGCGUCUCUCUCUGUCUCUAAGAGGGAACAGUAUUGCUUAUCUUUUGGCAAGCCAAGACCCCCCAUAUUUCUUCCCCAGUUCCUCUGCUUCUCGCCCAUCUCCCUCACGCGUCUUUUCCCAUUCUGCACACCGAAAGAGAGAACGGUGACGAAAGAGAGAGAACUGAGACGUGAGGCGUUGAUCGGGAAGUUCAGAGGCGGUGGACACGCCUCUCACCUCCUCUCACGGUGGAAUUCCGAACUGCUGGUCCUGCCAUAUCCGGUGGUUCGCGGGUGCUGCUGAGACCACGAUUGGGCUUCCCUUAAACAGCAUCAUCUUCACCAAAUUAGGGUUUAUACGCAAAUAGAGUGCCCCUUGGAGAAAGAAAACGAUGGAGCCACAGAAGCACUUGAUCAAACCUCAAUCACCACCAUGCCGGUAGCCGAUGAACCAGCAACAAAGACGUGGAAUCUUUAGCGAGGAAAACCGGCGCCGAAGCUUCCCAUUGGUGACAGCGACAACCUGAGAGUUUAAGAGAAUCUGAGUAAGAGCGACAUGGAGAUUUGGCAAGAAAAAAGGGAGGAAGGAGAAGAACUUAACAUCUACUUAUUCAAUCCAGUAAGAAAGGCGACAUGAAAGGAGGAAGGAAGAAUAUGAAGAGGGCAGCAGAGGAAAACAACUUGAAUCUGCGGGAUGGGCAGGGCAUUAUGCAAGUGCUCUCUCUUCGAGGUUCUAAUCUCAUUGAGGUAAUGGAUGCAAAAGGCGAGAAAUCACUGGCAUUGUUUCCGGCCAAGUUUCAAAAGAGCAUGUGGAUUAAACGAGGUAGUUUCGUUGUGGUUGACAUAAGUGGAAAGGAAAAGGCUCUUGAAUCAGGUAGCAAGGUGGCAUGCAUUGUUUCCCAAGUUCUGUUUUAUGAGCAAGUUCGUGCAAUUCAGAAAUCUCCAGAAUGGCCAGAAAUAUUCAAAUCUACAAAUGUGGAUGAUUCUAAUGGGAGUUUGCAUGGGCAGACCUCCCAACAAGAAGAAGAACUUGGAUCUAGUGAUGAUGAUGAGGGACUUCCCCCAAUUGAAGCCAAUACCAACAGAAUCAAACCCUUUGAUGAAUUUCAACCAGAUGCGGAAUCAGAUUCCAGUUCAGAUAUAGAUUCUUAAGUUAUUCUAUACGAGACCCCUCAGCUUUAUUGUAACAAUUGCAGCCGCAGCCAACAUGACUAAUCUGUGGAUGGGAAAGAAUUUCGUCUUAACUGAAAUUUGUGUCCAAUUUGCUCGAUGGGAUUUUUGUUGAAUUGAUGAUGUACACAAAUCUUGAGAGUGAAAACACACCCAGCAAUAGAUUUUUAUAUAUUUGGUUCAAAGUGGUGCUCA